AUGGUUAAAGUAAAAGUGCAGCAGGGCUGGUUGUGCGGUGAACAGCUGGACACGGUACAAGGUGAUGGCCAAUAUUACAGCUUCAAAGGCAUUCCUUACGCUGAACCGCCUUUGGGCAAGCUAAGAUUUAAGGCCCCUCAACCACCUCUACCAUGGAACGGAGUACGACAAGCCACUAAACACGGCCCAAAAUGUCCACACAUGGACAUAUUUACUCUAAAAAUGGUUGCUGGUAGUGAAGAUUGUCUUUAUCUUAAUGUUUAUACACCAAAUCUGGACCCUAAGUCUCUGUUAGCUGUAAUGGUCUUCAUUCACGGCGGUGGCUACAAAAGUGAUUCCGGUGAUGUUGACCACUAUGGACCUGACUUUCUUAAAAGACCAUACAUUCUUGGAAAGCAACUUGGUAGAGAGACAAAUAAUCCAGACGAGCUUCUCGAAUUCUUACAAGAAGUUCCAGUAGAAAAAUUAAUAGACACUAAUCCUACUGUCAUGUCUUUUGAAGAUCGGAAUAAUAAUGGAAUGAAGAUGUUUCAUUUUACACCGGUUAUUGAAAAAGAUUUUGGUGAAGAACAUUUUAUAACCGAAGAUAUUUUAAAACUACUGAAAAAGGGAAAAGUAAAUGAUGUUGACGUCUUUUUUGGCCAUAACAGCGAGGAAGCUUUAGAUAGCCUUACGUUUAUUGAAGAAUCUCUUUUAAAAGAAUAUAACAGAUACCCUGACUUGAUUGUUCCUAGAAAACUCCAAAUUCAAUGUUCUGCGGAUCAAAUUUUAGAAAUAUCGGAGAAAGUUAAGGGGCACUACUUUAAAGACAGGCCUAUCAAUUUGGAUUAUAUGAGGGAGUUUAUUACUUUUUGCAAUCACUCUUAUUACGUGUACGAUAUUCACAGCUUUAUAUCUAAAUUACCCACAAGUUGUAACAGUCGCCGGUAUAUGUAUAUAUUUUCUUGUAUAUCAAAUAGGAAUAUAUAUGGCAAUCCAGGAAGAAAGUACGGCAUCCGAGGUGCGGCGCAUUUGGAUGAUUUAAUGUACUUGUUUGACGGAAAAGAAUACAAUUUAAAGCUGGAGAAAAAUACUAAAGAAUAUGAACUUGUGCAAUUAGUGUGCACUGUUUUUACAAACUUUGCUAAAUAUGGAAAUCCAACGCCUGACUCUUCUCUUGGAGUUACUUGGCCAGAAUAUGACAACACUACAAAAUCAUAUGUGGAUAUGGGAGAUGCUCUAAUCCCUGGCACAAACUCGAAUGCAGAAGUGAUCAAAUUCUGGAAGAGUAUAUACACAUCCGUGGGAUCAGAAUAUUAG